AUGAAAUUUUACGACCUUGACGUAGAACUUUCCGGCUUUGGGGAUAUUGAGACAGUAGUGAGAGAUCAAACAACAAAAGCAAUGAGAAUAGCUGGCUGUCUGAAUGCCAUAUGGUGCAAUAAGAGUAUGGUAACCGACACUAAAUCGAGGAUCUACAAAACCGUCGUGAGGCCGGUGAUAACAUGUUCCGCAGAAACUAGGCCAGAAACAACGAAAACUGAAAGACUCCUAGAGACGGCUGAGUUAAAAAUGUUUGGUAGAAUCACCGGAAAGACACUGCUGGAUAGAGAGAGAUGCGAGGAUAUCAGAAUAGCCUGUAAUGUCAAGAACAUCAGUAAAUGGGUAGCAAACAGGACGAAGGAAUGGAAUGAGCACAUAAGCAGGACGGACCUCCGCAGACCUGUGAGAAUCGCUCGCGACAAAUCCGCAUUUAGACGAAGAGACGUUGAGCGCCCCAGGAAACGCGGCAGCGUCAAGCAAGUGAACAAUAGUUGA